CACCCGGCCGACUCGCCGCUCCGCUUCGCACAUGCGCAAAAUGCGGGCGGAGAAGGGGGCGUCUUCGUCCCGGGGCUUUGGUGUCCCAGCGCUAGCCAGAACGUCGUCUGAGGUGGGAAGCUGGGAUCUGAAGCCUCGCGUGAAAAGAAAAGAAUGAGCUGCAGCAAGGUAAGCAUGGAGUAGAGAGUUGGAUUUCAUCAAGAUUAGUGUCUUUGCAAGAUGAUUCAUGGUGAUGGCUUGCAGGGUCAUAAAUAAAAGAAGGCACAUGGGACUUCAACAACUUUCAUCAUUUGCAGGAACAGGAAGAACUUUCCUAGGCCCAUUAAAAUCAUCGAAAUUUAUUAUAGAUGCAGAGUGUCAUGAAGGUGUGUUAAUCAGUUCAACAGUAAGGCUUCUCGAAAGUUUGGAUUUAACCAGCGCAGUGGGACAACUUCUCAAUGAAGCAGUUCAAGCACAAAAUAACACAUAUAAAACUGGAACUAGUACUCUUCUGUUCCUUGUUGGUGCAUGGAGCAGUGCUGCUGAAGAAUGUCUCCAUUUAGGUGUCCCCAUUUCAUUAAUAGUGUCUGCAAUGUCAGAAGGACUGAACUCUUGCAUUGAAGAGGUAGUUUCCCUUCAAGUACCUAUCCACAAUGUAUUUGACUAUAUAGACAGCACAAAGACAUUUUCUGGACUUGAAACAUUUAGUGGCAGUUUGUGCCCUUUUCUACAAAUCCCUUCAGAUACUGGUUUACAGAAAGAGCAUGAUCUCAAAGAUGUUGCCUCUCCAUCACUGACCAUUUGCAAUCUUUCUGGGAUACCUGUUAAAUCACCUAAACUCUUUAGACCUCAGGCUGAAGUUGAAGCAGAUAAAAACAUGUUACAAAAUUCUCAAACUCUGAAAAACAGUCUGCUCACAGGCAACCAUCAUAGAAAGUCAAUACUAAUCCACAGUAGGCAUUUUAAUAGGACAGAUAAUAAUCAGUGGAUAAACAAACCAGAUGGAUUUCUAGAACAACAUGGUGCAGCUUCUCCCCGUACUUACAGAUGUAAUGAUUUGGUAGAGUUGGAGAUGGGUUUAAGUCACGGAGAUCACAACAGCAUGAAAUUAGUAGAUGAAGCAGUACGGCUGCAGUAUCAGAAUGCAAGUAUGCAGCAAGGCAACUGUACAAUGCCAUUUAGGUUUGACAUUUCAAGACUCUUCACUUGCUGUUUACCAGGUGUACCUGAAACUUUCUCUUGUGUCUGCCCAGGAUUUAUCACUGUAGUAUCAAUAUCUAAUUCUGCUCUGAUUAAGGAAUUACAGAAUCAGCCUCUCCGGAUUAUUCUCAUUGAGGGUGACCUCACAGAGAAUUAUCGCCACCUGGGAUUUAACAAGGCUACAAAUAUUAACACAGUACUGGAAAGCAUGAAGGUUCAACAAGACAGCUCAGAAGAACUGUGGACAAAUUAUGUAUUACAGGUACUAAUUAAGUUCAAUGUGAACCUUGUCCUGGUACAAGGAAAUGUGUCUGAACACUUAAUUGAAAAGUGCAUACCCAAUAAGCGGUUGGUACUUGGGCCAGUGAAUAGCAGUGUGAUGCAGGCUUUUGCAGAAGCUUCAGGAGCAGUACAGGUGACCUAUGUCACACAAGUGAAUGAAAACUGUGUGGGCAGUGGGGUCUACGUGACCUUCUGGAGAAGUAUUCCUUCGGAUGUCAUGGAUAGAAUCAAUAUAAUCACAGUCGUGAUAAAAAUAGAAGGAAUUAAUUUGGUUACAGUAGUGCUCACUAGCCCAGUCACUGCACAGAUGAAGUCCAAAGAAGACAGGUUCUGGGCUUGUGCCUGUCGUCUGUAUUAUGCUCUAAAAGAGCAAAAGGUCUUCCUUGGAGGUGGGGCAGUUGAAUUUUUGUGUCUUAGCCAUCUUCAAAUUCUUGCAGAGCAAUCACUGAGUAAACGAAACCACGUCUGUUCAGGAUGGCUUCAUAAUACUUCCUCUUGGCUGGCCUCAUCUCUGGCACUAUACAGAUCCACUGUGCUUAAAUGCCUGGCAAACGGAUGGCACAAAUACCUUUCAACUCUCGUAUAUAACAUGGCCAAUUGCUCAUCAGAAUUUGAAGCCAGCACAUUAAUUCAACAGCAUCUACAAAAUGCCACAGACUCUGGCUCUCCUUCGUCUUACAUCUUGAAUAAAUAUAGUAAACUAAAUAGUGGAAUUUUUAAUUCAGGCAUUUCAAAUAAACUGGAACAGAUUCCAAGCAUUUAUGACGUUGUUAUACCAAAGAUUGAGGCAUGGCGCCGAGCUUUGGAUUUAGUACUCUUAGUACUUCAGACAGACAGUGAAAUUAUUACUGGACUUGGACACACACGGUUAAAUUCACAGGAAACAGAGGGCUUUUUAUUUUUGUAGUGUUAUUGGCUAAGUCUUUGGAAAAUAAUAUUUUGUUAUAUAUCAUGCUAAUAAUAAAUUUCCUAGUAGCUAAGUCAUAGUGCCUAAAAUGCCAGCCAUUACCAAGAAGAAAAUUAUUGAUGUCUGUCAGUAAUUGCAGGGUCUGAGAUUUCACCCGAUUUACAAGCUAACAGGUUAGCCUGUUACUAUUUCAUGGUAUGCUACAGGAUACAUGAGACGCUUGGACAGAGACAAAGCACUUUUAUUAUUCACAACAAAAGUGGUAGCCAGAGCUUCCUGUUAGUUUGUAUCAGUUCCCAUUUCUCUGAGCCCCAUAAGAGCAACAUAAAAGGCCAUUGAUGGAAGCCUGCACAUGCAGUGGGUUGUGUUACAGAAAAGGAACGCUGAGCUUGGGACAUGGACUGCUUUUAUAGUGACCAGAAACAAUCCUGUUUUUUGUCCAAGGGGUAGUUGCUACCUCAUGCCUCAAGGUUGCUUAGUGUAAACACAAGCCUAAGACAUGGACUGGGUAAAGAUAGGUCAGGUCCUUGCAUUCAGGGCACACCCAGAAAGUAUGCAGUGUCAUUCAGAGCCCAUAAUGGAUAGCCUCUUCCAUUUACUCACUUCUUAACCUGACAUGUUCUUGGCCAAACUUGAAUUUUCAUGGAAGAAUGCCACUCAGUUUACUAGUCUGAUUAAUCUGAUAAACAGGUUGUUUCGUCAAUACCAGAUCUAUUCAGUUGGUUUCAUAUAGCAGUUAAUUAAGGCUACUAUCAACAGACUCUGAGCAGCAGGACGAAACCAGUCUGCAGUAUUGACCUCAGUCAUGUCCCGUAGGGUCUUGAAUUUAGUCAAUUUUAAAUUCCAACGGGGGUCUUUUUAUUAGCCUGAAUGUAUUGUAAGACCAAUGUAUCAUAUAUUACGACCCUCACAAGGGAGCUUUGACUGAGUUGCUGAUCUUUGGUGUCAAUGACAAAAUGACAGGGGCAAUAGAUGGCCAAAAACAAAUCCCCCCUCCCUAAUGGAGAGACCUACUAUGGCCCAUUUUUCCCACAUAUAAGCACAUAACCCCAACAGGGCACGGUCUCUCUACUUCAGGAUUUGUUGUGAAACCUGAUUUGAAUCACCAUUAUAUAGAUUUAAUUAAGUCACAUAGGUAGUGCCACCCAGUAGUUGCAGCCUCAGUUGCCAUAAUGGCAAAAUCCAAGGCUACUCAAACGUUGCUCUUCCCACCCUGUUGAGUAACUUGUACUCAACAAACUUGCAAUUUUUUUUUUUUAAAGAUUUUAUUUAUUUAUUUGACAGAGAGAGACACAGUGAGAGCAGGAUCACAAGCAGGGGGAGAGGGAGAGGGAGAAACAGGCUUCCCGCGGAGCAGAGAGCCCGAUGCGGGGCUCGAUCCCAGGACCCUGGGAUCAUGACCUGAGCCGAAGGCAGAUGCUUAACGACUGAGCCACCCAGGCGCCCCCAAACUUGCAAUUUUUAUUUCCUCCUUGCUGGUGGCAUUUGUUUUAGCUUUGAGGACCCCUUGACUUAGAAACAAUAGCCUACUCAAGCAUAAGAUCAGUCAGAUUGCAAUAAGGUUGUCCUGGUUUCUGUGUUUGUGCAUUUUCGCAGCUGCCAUCGGUGGCAUUAUGAACUGCUUCCAAUACUGAAUAAGUCUUAAUAAGGAGAAAACAUUUGUUUGUUUGACUCCUGGGUGGAUUGAGCGCUAUGACUCUGUCUAAACAAUGCUGGGAAACGGCUUGGCAAACAGAGUUCUGAAUUUUGUUUGGGUUUAGCAGCCACUUCUACUGGUGGAGGUUGAUAAUGGCCACAGUCAAAACCAUUGAGAUGAGCUUCUAACUUGACCACCAGAACAUCAUCUAUAUAGUGAACAUUUGGGAUAUCAGAGCAUAGAGGCGCUCACACUAAAUCCCAACCCGCCAAUAGGUUAGGAUGGGUUAGGGCAUGGUAGUAGAUGGCAGGAAGUUUGUCUCAUUUCUCUAUAUAGAGCAGCAAUACCCUGGAUGGGAGGAUCUCCUCUGGCACUUUAUGAGCAUUUGCAAAAUAAGCAUAUAACACCUCAGUACCAGUUACGUAUUUUCAUAACAAUUCAUUCUAAUCCUAUCAGUUGACUUUAGUCACUUUAUCCCCCGUAUGGGAAUAUGGCAAGUUUAACGUUGGCACAUUAGGAGCUUUAACUGUGGUGAAGAGAUUAUGUUAGCUCCUUGGUUGGGAGCUCCAGAAGGAGCAAGGGGUAAAGGCUGCAUCCAAGGAGCCUCUUUUUUUCUUUUUUUGGCCCCUUGCUUCAGUGUUGGUACCAACUUCUUUCCUGUGCACUUCCCAGUAUGUAGGGAGCCCCCACACUCUGGGGAUCUUUCUUUUUGCCCUCCAUAUAACUAACCGUGCACCUCCUCAGUGUCCUGCAGCCUUUGGUACCUUUGACCACCCUGUGCCCAAUACCAACUUCCCCUGUGGGACUGGGUAGAAUGGUGACGAGCACCUGUAUCUAACAGCUGUAAAAGUUUGAGUUACUUUCUUCCCCCAUGUAUUCCCAUCAUACUUGGCUUUCUCCUUAAAGCAGCUGAGGUCAGGGUAGAGGGUGAAGGAAUUACCAAAAAGUGUAGAGGGAGAGAAUGGCUCCAGUAUUGCAUUUACUUUUGUUUUUGAUCAGCUGCCCAACUUGUACUCAACAAACUUGCAAUUUUUAUUUCCUCCUUGCUGGUGGCAUUUGUUUUAGCUUUGAGGACCCCUUGACUUAGCAGCAAUAGCCACACUUCUUGGCUAGAGCCCUGGGGCGUGCUGCCUUGUUAUCAUAUUAAUAUCAUUGCUCUUCCCAACCUGAGGUGAGUGAGCAACAACCAACACACCAUUUGGGUGGCUUGUUUUAAUCCUACUUCUCACUGCUUAGCCUCCAAACAUAAAUUAACAGGCAGGACAGUGGGAGACUCCUCCCCACCUCCCUUUCCCACUACUUAACAUUUACUGUUGGAUCCCAGGGAGUCUUAUAUCUCUUAACCCAGAGCAGUGGGGCCCUCAUCUUUUUCAGAAACCAUGGCUCUCUCAGCCAAAGCAGUAAAGAACUGUGUAGGGUCUGAGAUUUUGCCCCGUUUAUAAGCUAUCAGUUAAAAUGUAAUGGGAUACAGCCAGAAACAAAUGACUUUACAAUAGCCAGAGCUUUGUGUUGGUUUAUUUUGGUCCUCUGUCCUUGCAAGUCCCACAGAGGUGACAUAAAGGGCCAUGAUGAAUACAUGCACAAGAGAUUGUGUUACAGGAGAGGAGUGCAUAACUUGGGCAAAUCACAACUUUUACAGUAAGCAGAAGUAAGCCUUUUCUUGGUCUGGAGUGAGAUGUUACAUCAUCAUUCAGGGUUACUCGCUAGAAACACAUCCCUGAGAAAUGGCCUGGAAAAAGAGUACUCCAACCCAGCAAGAACAUGCUGAGAGUCAAUAGCAUUCUGUGUAUCCCAACAAAGUCUUGCUCUUUUGCCACUUAGCCAUUAAAUGAACAUCUUAAGAAUGGAAUUAUGUGUGGAGUUGAAUAUUAGAAAAGCUCUGGGGAAAUAACAGUAGUAAUUAAGUUAUUGAUUACCUACCAUGUCCCAGGCACUAUUCUAAAUUCUUCACAUAUUGUAUUAAUGUUUUAGGGUUGCCAUAACAAAAUACCACGUAUUAGGGGGCUUAAACAACAGAAAUUUAUUUUCUCACAAUUCUGGGGGCUAGAAUCUGAGAUCAAGGUGUUGGCAGAGUCGGUUUCUUCUGAGGCCUCUUUCCUUCACUUGUAGAUGGAUAUCUUCUCCCUUUGUCUCACAAUGUCUUCCCUCUCUGUCUGUGUCCUAAUUUCCUCUUCUUGUAAGGACACUAAGUCCUAAUGGAUGAGGGCCUUCCCUAAUGACCUUAUUUUAACUUAAUUACCUCUUUAAAGAGCCUGUCUCCAGUGAAGUCACGUUCUGAGGUAUGGGGGAUUAGUACUUCAACAUAUGAAUGGGGGGGGGCACACAAUUCAGCCUAUAACACAUAUAUUAUCUCAAUCUUUGAAACAUUUAUUUUCUCCAUUGUAUGAUGAGGAAAUUAGUUUAGGAAGGUUAAGAAACUUGCCCAAAGUCUUAAAGCUAGUAGGUAGAAGAGCUGGAGUUUACACUAAGAUUUUAUCUGGCUCCAAAGUAUAUUUCUAAGUAUUAACUGUGAAAGGAAACUUUUUCUGGAAAGUAACAACAACAAAAGAAUGUCUAGUUUAUUUAUAGGGAUAAUUUAAAUGUACUAGAAAAUAUGACUUGGUUAUCUUCUACGCAGGUAAAAGAAUAUUAACUUUUGGUUUAGUGGUUGUCUUAAAUGUGGUUACCUGAAAACCUUGCACAGAUCAUCAUUCCAGUUAUAUACACCAUCUUUGUUCAAAGUUAGAAUAACAGCAACAUUAAAUGUUGAACUGUUUUUUAAAAUAAAGUGUAUUUUACUUGUUUAGGAAUUGAUACUUUUACUCUCCUAUGUACUAUUAACACUUAAUUUUUGUUAAAAUAUUACAAAGAUUAUGAGCACCACUAAUAUUAAUGUAGAUGCUUAUUUAUAUAAUAGAUUUUUUGUGAAGUUGGUAUUUGCAUAUAUUGGUACUAUUAAAUAUUUAGUAAAAUCCUGUUAUAAAUACUUUCCUUUGACACUAGAAGUCUCAUUUUAAUACAGAUUGUAUAAGUCCAUUUUGUUUUCAGAUUGUAAAAAACUUUGUACUGUUAUGUGGUUUAUCAGCUAUUUUUCUAAUUCUUACCAGGGAUACCUUUAAGUUUUAAUUACUCAAGGAACUGUUCUGUCCUUGCAGAGGCAGUCCCUCACAUAAAUUUGAUUCAUUUAAGUAAGUGGGUUUUCCAAGAAGCCCUGUGCAUAAGCAGGUAGUCAUUUCUCAAAAGACCAAAGAAGUGUUGACAUCUUUGAGACCAAUCUGCUGCUUUAAUAUUAUAAACUACAAAGAGGUUUGCAGUUAUUCUACAUCCCAUCCACAUUAUAGCCAGCCUUCCCAAAGAUAAAUAACCCUUCCUGAACCAGGAGUUAACUGGCUCUUCAAAAAAUAAUCUUUAAGAAAUUCCAGCAAUGGAAUCCCUGCAUAUUCAGAAUAUGGGCAGGUGUACCUGCCUACCCAGACACUGGGCAGAUGCAGGAGCAAAAAGGAAGUGGGAAGCAGCAAGAGUGAAGGGGUUACUGACAAGUCAUUGUGAGCUAUAGUCCCCAAAAUUGUUGAAAGGACUCUACCUGAAUGGAAAUACAGUAAAACAAAUUUGAGAAGUAGCUCAUUGGCAUCACAUUCUGAGUAAGUGCAAAGCAACAACAAAAAGCAAAAACAACCCCACUUCUAUGUGUAUAUGUAGAUGGAAGAGAAUUGACUAGUGCUGUAGUGAUCUAAGCUCUGAAGAAUAUCAAAAAUAUCCAGCACAUGCAUCCUUCCAGGAUGACUGAGCCACACUCUGAGGAAAAAAUGUUGAAAAGAAAUAAAAUAGAGCAGGGCAGGAACAUUUGGAAUAAAGGAGAGGGAAAAUUUACAUUGGGAAUGGUAAAACAGUGUCAUUUUCUAUUAGGCUGGGUGGCCAGCAGACUCAAGAUGAAAAGA